AACUUUUACCUAAUGGAUGAGAGCGUUGCAAUGUUUGUAAACUACUACUACAUUGCCUAUGUGAUUUUCGCGUUGCCAUUGAAUUUUCUAUUGAUUUUCCUGAUUUGGUUCAAGUCGCCGGUGUCUUUCAGCGCGUAUAGACUACUUCUGCUCUACACCAGUAUCAGUGAGACUUUUCUCAUCGUUUUCUCGUUUUUGUUACAAAUGAGAAUCAUCAGCGCCGGCGAAUCGGUCGCCUUGGUACCAUAUGGCCCUCUUCGGCAUGCGUCUCCUGUGAUUGCCUUCAUAGGUUAUAAUUUUUAUAAUUUAUUUCUUUGCACCACAAAUCUCUCAAUACUAUUGUCCAUGUACUAUCGGUACUCGUUGAUUUGUCACGGAAAGUGCGAGAAUUUAGCGUUGAGUCGAAAUUUCGGAGUAACGUUGGUGAUUUCUGUUGGAAUGCUGGUAGCAAUUUUAAUUCCUCCAUACGACUUCCCUACAGUAACCCUGAACACGGAAAGAUCGUAUCCCAACUAUCACCUAUUAGAUACUUUCGGCGAAUAUGGAGGCUUCAAGUCGACAACUCGGCUGGUUUAUCUUAUCAAUACCACAAUUCUCAUGGGAAUUCCCUACAUGAUGCCCGUUUUCAUUCUGUACUGGAGACAUCAGAUCUUCAAUCAAAUCAACGAAGUUCAGACACAUUUGAGUGAACGAACCAAGAAAUCGUCGUUGGAUUUGGUGAGGGCACUCACAAUGCAGGCAAUGUUCCCGAUGGUAUGCCUUCUUCCCAAUGUUGCAUACUUCCUUGUGGCGCAGCGAAUCCACAUCGAGUUCGAGAUUGCCGAGUUCGUGCCGUUUCCAACCUGCGUCAUCCCGUGCCUCAUCGAUCCGAUUCUAACGAUCUACUACGUUGCACCAUAUAGGAGUUUUGUGACGCGGCGGCAGAGAAGUGUCUCGAUUGGGGUGACGUUGUCCGUGGCGCAGUCUUCCGCGAGGACUAUUUGAUUUUUUUUAAAUAUUAAUAAAGUUUAUUUCAAUUGU